CAGAUGUUCCAAGUCUCUCUCGACGAAUAGAUAAGACGUCUACCUCUACAGCCUCUCUUUACGUCCGAUGACCUAACGCGGAGAUUGAGUCGAUCCAGCCCCUUACUCGCGCUUGCACGCACUUAUCCUUUCACUCGCCCACACCUAUCUAUCCUAGGAAUGGCACCCUCACGUUGCAAACUUACCUCGCGCACGCAAGCCACUCUGGACGGCUUUUUCAAUCAACCAAACUCGUCGUCCACCCGAAUAUCUAAGAAGUCGCCGGCGGCCAAGUCCAAGUACCAAUCUAAGUCGAAGUCGGCCGUCCCCACAGGUUCAGACCGCGUGUUAACCGACGUGUUGCUCGCCAUCAAGCCCGUUCACCUCGCCAACAUUGCUAGCAGACAGAAGAACCAUGAGUACCGCAAGUACCGACUGCGCGACGCGGUUACAAGACUGUGGCUGUACGAGACAGGCGACGGCGGCAAGGGUCGGGCGUCUAUCACACAUAUCGCAGUCAUUCCAGCUUCCGUACGCCAUACCCCUGGCUCUGUACCGACUGAGCCCUUCGGCAUAGGCAACACCGACUUCAACGCCGGCCUCAAAGAGUCUAAGUACGGAUAUCCUGUGCUGGAGCUGUACGAGCUGUUCCGCCCAGUAACGCUAGCGGAGAUGAAGAGCCAGUGGGGCAUGGGUGGCGCGCCUAUGGGGUGGCGCUACGUGAAAACAGACUUGUGGGAGGAUAGAUGGGGAGAUGAUCAAGAGAGGGCUGUGAAAGUGAAUUGGGUGUUCUGAUGCAGG